AACAGAAUACCACACGUUCCCACUUACAAGUGGGAGCUAAAUGGGUAUAAAUGAGCAUACAGAGGAAAAUAAUAGACACUGGAGACUACAGAAGGGGGCCAGGUUGGGAGUGGUGUGAGGGUUGAAAAAUUACCUGUUGGGUACAAUGUUCACUUUUCAGCUGAUGCGUGUGCUAGAAGCCUAAACUCCACCACUGCACAAUAUAUCCAUGUAACAAACCUGCACAUGUACCCCAUGAAUCUAUAAAUAUUUUUUAAAAAUUAAAAUAACUUUGUAUCUACCUUAACGUGUAUGAAAAAAAGCUAGUGCUAUUAACAUUUUCCCAUUCUCAUUGUCACUGAAAACUUGAAUAAACACUUUCAAGAUCCUCUUUUGGAUCAUUACCAUACUGUACACGUGAUCAAUCCACAUCAUUUUCUUAUUAGUUUGGUUCAGUCCCAGGGUGUGAGUGGAAAGCAGAACAAUUUGUGUGGUUAAAGCUUUAUUUCUGAAGAGUAAAUGAAAUAUGAAAACUACAUGAGCCAAACAGGAUUUCUUCUGUGUUUGCACUGUUGGAGUCUCAGAAAAACAAAUCUUUAGGUAUCCUGAUAUUUGAAAAAGGAAUAUACUAGGCACUUACUUUGUAAAACUUGUCUAACAAAAUGCUUGGAGAAGCUUUCUUAAUUGAUCUUCUAUACAAAGAACAGAAAUAUGCAAAAUUUUGCAAACCAUUUAUGUGUAAGAAGACUGAAAAGGAAACUUGGAAAAAGAAGAUUUUAGAUAGAGAAGAAAAUUCACUUUCCUCUGCUGAGAUGGAAAAUCAAGAAACAGCUAGGAAAGAAAGUGUAACAGAGCAAAAUGAUGAUACAGAUCAAAUAAAAUCUGUGGAUGAAACAACCGUAGCAAAAUGCAAAGGUAUACCUCUUCCAGGAAAUGUGUCAGUUGCAUUGCCCAUUUCAAAGAGAGAACAACAUGAUCAAAGACAACCAGAUUUAUGUAGAUCAUGGUUGUGUAUGAGUAUUUGCCACAAUUAUCCUGACCUACAGAUUGGAGGUGACGACAUGAAGAACAUAUGUGAUUCAGACUGCUUUAUGGAACACACACAUAAUGAUGUUUUUAAUGGUCCCCUUUUAUUUUCAGUUGGUAUGCCACUGGGUCAUUCUCCUGUCAUUGGGCCUCCAGAGACAUUACCUACCUCAAAAUUAUUGAACGGGGAUGAAAGCCAAGAAAAAAGUAUGUUGUUUCAAAAACAGCCCCUCUCUAAUUCUAUGCUUAAUACUUACAUGGAAAGAAAGGUGGACGAGCUCUACAAACAAUUAUUGGAAGAAAAUCUCACCAGAUGCCACUCUAUAACCAAUCUUAUGGCUUCCAAUUUGCUAAUGAAUAAUGUAAAUUGCACCAGCCUUCAAAUCUCUCAAGAGCAGAACGUUGAAUUAUGGAAAGAUCAGGAAGCUAUCCUACACUCUCUACCACUAUGUAAUCUCUGUAACGGUUCUCAUGGAAAGAGUUCUGAAUUCAGUACUCCUAACUUACAAAUAUCAAACCAGACAGUUAGGGAACUUCUAUGACAUCUACAGUAGAAACCAAAUGUAGGUUGUUUGGACAUACUUAAGGGACUGCAAUAACAAGAGUUUUCUCUGGCUUAUCAUGUCACAUCUAGCCUUCUUUGAGGUGUGGUUAUUAUAGUUUUUGAGAAAUGAUUUGUCCCAUGGUACGUCUGAAUUCUUUUUUUUUUUUUUUUUUUUU